AUGUCCAAAGCAAAGGAAGUCAUUAAGGCUCGUCAAGUCACUGAUGGUAUUUGGAUCUUUUCCAGGCCAUUCACUCGCUUCCAUGUUUUGCCGCUUGGAGGCCGCUCAGUCGCCGUCAGACUCUCAAAUGGAAACGUUUGGGUGCUCGCAUCCACUCCUCCAACUGAGGAGACAAAACAGCAGAUUGAUAGCCUAGGAACUGUCGCUUAUAUAUGUUCCCCUAACCUGGACCACCACUGGUUCCUCGGACACUUCAAAGAGGCUUACCCAAAUGCAAAGCUGUACGGACCGAAGCCUUUGGGAGAGAAGCGGAAAGAUCUGAGCUUCGACGGCUUCUUCCUCAAGGAGAAAGAGGCACCCUUCGAUUUCGAAGAGGAAAUUACUGUCAUGCAAGUGGUUUCAGCUUCGUUACUACAAAUAUCUAACCUAUUCAUCCACAGUCCAUUUGAAGGCACGGCGUUGAGUGACGUCGCAUUUUACCACAGGGCAUCGAAGACACUCAUCGUUGGCGACCUCGUUUACAAUCUUCCCAAUACCGAAUCGAUGCCUAGUGCAUUUGGCUUCCUCUUCAAGACAUUCUCCCCCGGCGGUGCCAUGCACAAAAAGUUGAUCGCUGGCUCCGUUCAGGACCGUGACUCUGUCGUUGCUGCAGCGAAACAAGUAGAUGGCUUGGACAUUCAACGGAUCAUUCCGCUGCACGGUGACGUGAUAGAAGCAGACGCCCAUGCAAAAUGGAAGCUGGCUUAUCAGGAGCUGCUCUAG